GCGCUUUUCUGGUAAAUCCUGAAGGUGGCUUCCGCGCUCCGUGUGGAGCGCACUCAGUGUACGACAGUAUAUUAUCCACAGAUCAUAUCCAGAGGUUAGAGAUGAUAUAAAACUGUAUUCUGGUGAGAGGGGAAUGAGCUGUUCGAAGUAAACUGAUCUCGAUUAGGUAUAGUUUAGUCUACCCCAUACAGUGCAGUGCCUACUCUCCGCGCGAAGACAGGGGCGACAUCAGACAUCGCACUCCGAGUGGACCUAUAUUAAAACUGAUUUCAAAUGGACUACACAAAAGGACUGGACAAUAUCUAGUCACAGUACACAGAAACUCCAGAGGACUUUACUGUGUUGGGGAUCGUAAGACAGCAGCUGCAUACCUCAUAGGAUAUCCCAAGUUGUAAAGGAGGAUGGGGUGUGUGUGGCUGGUGAUGGUGUAUGUGGUGUGUGUGUGCCUUUGGGGUCAGAGCGAGUCGGACAGGACCAACCAGGCCUCUCCCAUCCAUCUGCACGUUGGCAAUGGAGCCUCAGAACUGUGUAUGUUAGAUGUGAUUCUGUGCCAGGAUGAGAAUGCGUUGCUGAGUUUCGAGGCGAUCCGUAGCAUCCACAAACUGAUGGAUGAUGAUGCGGAUGGAACCGUGGACAUGAGCGAGACAGACGGGUUCCUGAGGGAGGAUCUGAAGUACCAUGACCCCAAAGGGAAACAUAACAGUUUCCAUGGAGCAGACCUUCUCAUCAGUGUAGAGGACAUGUGGAACGUAUGGAGGGCCUCGGACGUGUACAACUGGACAGUGGAGGAGGUGGAGGACUGGCUCAUACACUAUGUGGAGCUCCCUCCGUAUGUGGACAUCUUCAAGAAGCACAAUCUGGACGGAAGGGCCUUACCUAGGUUGGCAGUAAAGAACAUCACUCUCACUCUGUCCAUUCUAAAGAUUAUUGACCGGAGUCACGCCCAGAAACUACAGCUGAAAGCAAUGGACACCGUGCUGUUCGGACCACCACUCAUGAGCAGACACAGCUACCUGAAGGACCUGAUGUUGGUGGUCUCCAUAGUGAUGGCGCUGGGUGGCUGCUGGUUUGCUUACAUCCAGAACCGUAGCUCCAAAGACCACCUGGGCAAGAUGAUGAGGGACCUGGAGGGCCUACAGAGAGCAGAGCAGAGCCUGCACGACCUGCAAGAGAAGUUGCAGAUCGCCCAGGAGGAGCAUCGUAGUGUGGAGGUUGAGAAGGUAACGUUGGAGCAACGUCUGAGGGACGAGAUCAAUGAAGCCAAGCAAGAGGCCCAGAGACUCGGUAAGCUACGGGAGGGAACAGAGAACGAGUGGAGCAGGCAGAAAUACGCUGAGGAAGAGCUGGAUCAGGUGCGUAUGGCCCUGAAGAAGGCAGAGCGGGAGCUGGAGUCUCGGGCCUGCUGGUCUCCCCCUGAUGCCCUUAAGACCUGGCUGCAGCUGACCCAUGAGAUAGAGGUCCAGUACUACAACAUCAAGAAACAGAGCGCUGAGAAACAACUACUUCAGGCCAAAGAAGGGGCUGACAAGAUCAAGAAGAAGAGGAGCACCCUGUUUGGGACGUUCCAUGUGGCUCAUAGCUCCUCCCUGGACGACGUUGAUCACAAGAUCCUGACUGCCAAGCAGGCUCUAGGUGAGGUGACGGCUGCUCUGAGGGAGAAACUUCACCGCUGGCAGCAGUUGGAGUCUCUUACAGGCUUACCAUUGGUCAAUAACCCCGGUCUGCCCGCCCUGGCUGCUGCCCUCAACCUAGACCCCGCCUUCCUGGGCCUGCACCCGCCGACCCCGCAGCACCUAAUCCUAUCAGAUGAUUUAGACGACAUGGACGAGGAUAUCCUGUCCCCAGGGACGCUGCGGUACGCGGCCUGGCAGAUGGACCGGCGAGUGAGUGACCUCUGGCCAAUGAGCGGCAUCUCCGACAGCCAAUCCCCAUGGAAGUAUUCUGCUCCCAACCUGAUGCCCCUGCGACAGCGCCCGGGAGACCCCUCACUGGCCCUUGGCUAUCAGAGGGAUCUGAACUGGUCUGACUCAGACCCCUCCCUCUUCCUGUCCCAGAGCCAAUCACAGCGCACCUCCAUAUCUAAGACCCUCCCACCAAAGCCCCUCACCCAGCAGGGCCACAGCUCCAAUGGGAGCAGGGCUCCCAUUGACAGCCCCCUGAUGAUGUCAUACGGCCUGGAGAAGAGCUCCAGUCUCGGGGAGCUCCGCGGCGGAGGAAGUCCCGCCCUCGCCCCUGCUUACUCCACACACUCCCUAUGCCCCGCCUCCUUUGACCCUGAUGCACGGUCGGGGAAGGAGGACAGCCGUAUUCCCCACAUGCAGGCAAAGAAGAGCCCCCUGGAAGAGGACAGCUGUUUCGCGGGUGAAGGGAUCGACUUGAGCAACGAGCGCAAGAAACACACCUUCAAGAUAUUCAAGAAGAGGAAGUAGGCGUAAAAUCACUCUGUCCUCACAGGGAGGCACCUCAGAGAAAGAGCUACACUCCCGCUGUUCACACUAUAGGCUAGCAUACCACUUAGAAUAUACCAGUGUAUUGGGCAUGCAUUCGAAGGGGUCUACAACUAGUAUGGAUAUUAGAACAUGGCUGUGGACUAAGAAUAAAUAAGUGACAUGGUCUAAAGACAUAUAAAUAAAUUACAUGAAUUAAAGAAAAAUAAAUAAGUUACAUGGACUAAAAACAAAAAAAGAAGUUACAAAGACUAAAGAAAAAUAAAUAAGUUACAUGGACUAAAGAAGACCUAGAUAAAUGGCAUUUACAUCGAUGCGAUUCUCGUCCAAUGCCUUAUCGGAGGUGUCUCUCUCUGGACAUACCAGUUCAACUCCCACUCUUUUCUAAUAGCUCUUUGCUUUUUAUACAGCGUUACCACUGUAGCUUAAAAACAGAGUAGGCCAAGCCUUGAAGAAAUGUUUAAAGCUUUAAAUGCGAAUGCAGCAAUAGUUAAAGAUAUUAUUUAUAAAGUUGUUUGUGACCAUACAGGCCAGCAAGGUUUUAUUUGAUAUUAUUUUUGUCAUUUCUAAUUUUAUGGGUACUUAAGUGUUUUAAUUUGUUUUUAUUUCAUGUUUUGAAGGGGGUUUGGUACUUUACUUUUCCGGAGGCUGUGGGUACAGAUAGAUCACAUAUGUUCAAUAUUUAUAUAUUUGAAUGGAGUUGAUUCCAGUGAAAAGUUUUGGCACACCUCCUCAUUCAAGCGUUUUUCUUUAUUUGUACUGCUUUCUACGUUGUAGAAUAAUAGUGAAGAAACCUAUGAAAUUACACACAAAAAAGCGUUUGUGCGUUUCUAAAUAUAUUUUAUAUUUGAGAUUCUUCCAAGUAACCACCCUUUGCCAUGAUGACAGCUUUGCACACUCUUGGCAUUCUCUCAACCAGCUUCAUGAGGUAGUCACCUGGAAUGCCUUUCAAUU